AUGGAAUCCAAACUCCAAAUAUGAGACAAAGAUGAUGAUCGGAGAGAAAUAUCACGCUGAUCGCCAAGCUCCGGCAUAUCCAUUUCCAGAUGUCCUGACGGUUGACGUCCAUUCUUCCCUGAACCCUGCUGGUUCCGGCAACGGCCACGAUGAUUUCUCGUUCCCGCAAAACGACGCCGCUCUCCAGUCGCUGAUUCGCUACCUGCCGUCGCAAUCGAACGACGUUAGCGUGGGGUCGGAAACUGAUAAGGACGUUGACCUUCCCGUGGGCGCGUACACAUGCGAUAACUUCCGCAUGUACGAUUUCAAGGUGAGGAGGUGCGCGCGUGGCGGCUCACACGACUGGACUGAGUGCCCUUACGCGCAUCCGGGGGAGAAGGCGCGGCGGCGGGACCCGCGCAAGUACCACUACGCCGGCGUAGCUUGCCCUGAGUUCCGGAAAGGUAGCUGCCGGAAGGGAGACGCGUGUGAGUACGCGCACGGCGUGUUCGAGUGCUGGCUCCACCCGGCUCGCUAUCGUACGCAGCCGUGUAAGGACGGGCUAAACUGCAACAGACGGGUGUGUUUCUUCGCCCACGCGCCUGUGCAGCUGCGCGUGCUUAGCCCGAGGGCGGUGGAUUGGGGCUCAUCGUCUUCCGAUUCGCCUCCCACGUCGCCGGUGGUGACGGCGGCUUUCCGUCAGCUGCCCUCUUUUGGGUCACCGAAAUCGGGCAUCUGGAGCUUGCCUGCGACUCCGACCCGGACAAUUGGGCGACCCGGAAUGACCAGUUUUGAUCUGUGGGAGGGGGAAGAGGAUUUGGGCAAAGAGGAUGCCCCAAUGGAGAGGGUUGAGUCGGGUAGGGACAUUAGGGCCAAGAUGCUUGAGAAGAUAGGGAAGGAGAAUCCUCUGGACGGGCAGGACCCGAAUUCCGACCCGUACCCGGCCCAGUUCGAUGCUCCUAACCCUGAUGUCGGGUGGGUCUCCGAGCUGGUUCAGUGAAUUACUCUUUGUAUGGGCAAUUUUGUGAGAAACAAAAAUUGUUGGAAUUAUCAAUUAAUUGUGAAAAUAAUUAUUCAAAGCAGAGUAAAAAAUGAUUUGAAAUCACUAUUGAGGAAUUGAAGAUCAGAGCGCAAGAGACACUGGAAGGCCGGAUCAUGAACUAGGUUUGGUUAUUCCUUAAUUGUUUUUAUUAUUAUAUUGUAUAUCACAGUCGAUGUUAUUAGCAUAUAUACAUGUAUUACAAUGUAAAUAUAUACUGCGCAUAUUUUUAAUAUUUUAUUGUUGCUAGUCCUCAUAUUAAUCUAAAGAUACUUAGUUCAUGUAUGAUCUGCUCCGUAAUAAAUAUCACUUAGCAUUAGUAAUAUACUCCAAAAAUAUCGCUUGC